AUGGCUUCAAACUGGAAGAAGACAAAUUUAGAUCAGAUGAAAGAAAACCCAUCUGCUUCCUUGGGGAAAGAUAGAGCAGACACAGUGAUCAUUGGAGGUGGUUGUGUUGGUGUGAGUCUAGCCUAUCAUUUGGCUAAGGCUGGUUUGAAGGAUGUUGUUCUGCUAGAAAAAUCUGAGCUCACUGCAGGAUCUACUUGGCAUGCAGCUGGUUUAACUACUUAUUUUCAUCCUGGAAUAAACCUGAAGAAAAUCCAUUCUUACAGCAUUAAACUCUAUGAAAACCUGGAAGAAGAGACUGGACAGGCUGUGGGGUUUCAUCAGCCUGGCAGCAUCAGACUUGCUACAACGCCAACUAGGGUGGAUGAAUUCAAAUACCAAAUGACUCGUGCUGGUUGGCACCUGACAGAACAGUACCUAAUCACACCUGAGAAAGUGCAAGAGCUAUUUCCCUUAUUGAACAUGAAUACGGUUUUAGCUGGCUUGUAUAACCCUGGAGAUGGUCAUAUUGAUCCCUAUUCUCUCACUAUGGCCUUGGCUGCAGGAGCCAGAAAAUAUGGUGCACAAUUAAAUUACCCAGUCCAAGUGACUAAUCUGAAUGCCCAGUCAGAUGGGACAUGGGAAGUUGAAACUCCACUUGGAAUAAUUCGAGCAAAGAGAAUUGUGAAUGCUGCAGGCUUCUGGGCUCGUGACAUAGGCAAGAUGAUUGGCCUGCAGCACCCUCUCAUACCUGUUCAUCAUCAGUAUGUUGUGACUUCAACUAUCCCUGAAGUGAAAGCUCUAAAAACAGAAUUGCCUGUGAUUCGUGACUUAGAAGGGUCAUAUUAUCUAAGGCAAGAAAGGGAUGGUCUUUUAUUUGGUCCUUAUGAAAGCGAGGAGAAGAUGAAGCUGCAGGACUCAUGGGUAACAAAUGGAGUCCCUCCGGGUUUUGGAAAAGAACUUUUUGAGUCUGAUUUGGACAGAAUAAUGGAACAUAUUGAGGCUGCUAUGGAAAUGGUCCCCGUUCUGAAAAAAGCAGACAUCGUAAAUACAAUUGCAGGUCCUAUCACCUACUCUCCAGACAUUCUUCCUAUGGUGGGACCACAUCAGGGUGUCAGAAAUUACUGGGUAGCUAUUGGUUUUGGGUAUGGCAUUAUACAUGCUGGUGGCAUAGGAAAGUACCUAAGUGACUGGAUCCUUGAUGGGGAACCUCCAUUUGACCUGAUAGAAUUGGAUCCCAACCGCUAUGGAAAGUGGACCACCACAGCCUACACAGCAGCCAAAGCAAGAGAAUCGUAUGGUUUUAAUAACAUUGUUGGUUACCCUAAAGAAGAACGUUUUGCUGGGAGACCAACAGAAAGAGUUAGUGGGCUGUAUGAUUUGCUGAAGUCAAAAUGUUCAAUGGGCUUUCAUGCAGGAUGGGAGCAACCUCACUGGUUCUACAAACCUGGAGAUGAGACUGGAUACAAACCCAGUUUUCGGCGCACAAAUUGGUUUGACCCUGUGGGUCGUGAGUAUAAACAGGUUAUGGAAAAAGUCGGUGUGAUUGACCUGUCACCAUUUGGCAAGUUUAAAGUAAAAGGCACAGAUUCUGUUAAGCUGCUGGAUCAUCUAUUUGCAAAUGUUGUUCCAAAGGUGGGUUCCACAAAUAUAAGCCAUAUGUUAACACCGAGAGGAAAAGUUUAUGCUGAGCUAACAGUCUCUCAACUGUAUCCUGGGGAAUUUAUGCUUGUAACUGGCUCGGGGUCAGAGCUCCAUGAUCUGAGAUGGAUAGAAGAGAAAAUAAUGAGAGACGGAUACAAAGUUGAAAUAGAAAACAUGACAGAUGAGAUGGGAGUACUUGGUGUAGCAGGUCCAUAUGCACGACAGGUCCUUCAGAAGUUGACAAACGAGGAUCUGAGUGAUGGUUCAUUCAAGUUUCUCCAGUCCAGACAUCUGAAACUUUCUGAUAUUUCUCUUACUGCCAUUAGGAUAUCAUACACAGGUGAAUUGGGCUGGGAACUCUAUCAUAGAAAAGAAGAUUCUGUAGCUCUUUACAGUGCAAUUAUGGAAGCUGGCCAAAAAGAGGGAAUUGACAACUUUGGAACGUAUGCUUUGAAUGCUUUAAGGCUGGAAAAGGGGUUCCGAGCCUGGGGGGCAGAG